AUGAGCCCUCAGUCGCCAUACUCACGGCUGAGUAGCCUGAUUGCCUCUCUUUCUCCCUACUUGGAGCUUGCCCCGGAAUCUUUAACUAAGGAAAUUGAGAAUCAUCUUUUAAUCGCUCUUUCUCAGAUUUUUGUACAAGUGAAGCAGUGGACACAUGAAUUUGAUUCCGAUUCCGAUUCCCAUUCCCAUUCUGAAGAGGAUUCGAUGGCAAUGCCUGCUGAUAACAGUGCAUGUUCAGAUGUUUCAACUUCGUAUUCGGACAAUGGCAGUUGUUUGGCCAUGGUUGACUUACUAUAUAUGCACGAGGAUGAUAUCCUAUUUGAAGUGCUCUUGCAACUGUUUUGCAUGCCAUUUCAUCCUGAUCCUCUAAUUAGAGGAGGGUGUCGUUUGGAAGUGAAGAAUCACAAGUUCUUUCUUGCUUCAGACUUAUUUAAUCCUAUACAUAUAUUUCACAUAUUCCUUGCAGAGAUACUCUAUGAUCACCAAGUACUUCUUGAUUAUCUUAUCUCAAAAGACAGAGGUGCCAGCUGUGCUGAAUACCUUUUGAGGUCCUUGCGAGUAGCGUGUGAUUCCUGGAAUUUGUUCGUCAAAUAUCCGGAAACAGAAGAAGCUAAACAUCUCUUAUAUUCUAAGAGAAGAAAAGUUUUAGCAGGAUGUUUGGAUUCUGAGGAAGUUUUAUCCUCUUCACGUGUGAGAAAUGAUGGGGCUCCUUCAUCACUUGAAAUGGAAUGUAAGAAAGUCCAGCUAUCUGACAGUAAGCAUGGCAGAAAUCAUAGACUGCCAUUUGUGAGUGCUAGGGAUUGUUUGGUUUCACUAAAAACAUCCAUCGAAAGUCUUUGCCAGAAGAAUCUGUUUCCAUAUAAUCCACAAGCCCUUCUGCUGCGUUUAAUCAGAUUUCAAGAGCUUUGUUUUAAGCAAUAA